ACCUCGUGACGAGAACAAAAACUGGUCGAGACGCAGUCGAAGGUAGCGCGCAAUUCUAUUUUUUCUUAUGUCAACAUCGUGAAAAAGUUAUGGCUGUGUUUUUAGACGAAAUUCUUCUUCAUAUAUUUGGAUAUCUCGAUGGACCAACUCUGACGAAGUGUUCGUGGGUUUGUAAACAGUGGAGGAGCAUCGCUAAGACUCCGUCCCUUUGGCGAAGACUUGUAUUAUUGAGGUGGCCAUCGCAGAAGUUUUUGUACGAGAAAGUGUCUUUAUCCUGCGUCAACUGGAUGAAUACUUAUCAAGAGUUGUCCCAAAGGGGGAACUAUACAGCCGAUUAUAUGAAAUAUUUCAUCUGUUGUUGUGUUAGUGGUGACGAGUUGACCGAGAUUGAAUUGCGUGAAAGUAUGUUCUUGCACAUGGCGGGAACCAUGAUGAAGUGGGAAGUUCCGGAUGUUUUUGAGCAGGAAGACGAGUUUAACACGUCAGGUUUCAAUAAGAACUUCGAAUUAUUCUUUGACACUCACGAUCUAAAGUGGACUUUCAUCGACAAGCGGCGAGGAUACAACGAUGACUGGUUUAGUGGCAAAAUGAAAGCUUCGACAAAACCUGCACGCUACAUUCGACCGUAUCAAGUUAUUCCGAGUUGCAUGGUUAUGUUUCGUUGGCUUUGUCUUUUUCGUGCUUAUGCAACGGAGGAAACUGGGUUAACUUUUUAUCGCAUAUGGCGAUACCGUCUGAAGCACAGAGAAACGGGGAUUCAUUUCGAAGUUUUCGAUUGGAAAGCUGCAAUGUCGUGUACUUUGUCCAACGGCAGUCCAACAUCGGCAGCUUUCAGAGAAGAUGCGCUUGAACUUCUCACACUACUUACCCACCCUCAUUUUCUGAUGCACCCUAUGGGGGUGAGUACGUUUAAGGAAUUGUACCUGUCCCCUCCUAAACUUCUUGGUAGUAGAUGUAACUCUGCAACAUCCUCAUUGUCUAGCUGUGGGUUAUCUAGCCCAAGAUCGCCAUUGAGAAGCAUCAGUAAUCAAUUUUCUUUUGAUAGAAAGGAGACCAAGUCUAGACGUAUGAUCGCCAGUAGCACCACUGACAGUGAUGAUGAAUCGGAGGGAGGCUUUGACACUGGUUAUGUCAGUAACUGUGAAUACUUCAUCAGCAGCAAUCACUGGGAUAUUGAGGAACAGCACAAAAUUCAAGCAGAAGUGGCUGGGAUGUGGACAGUUGUAAAUAACAAUGAUGUCCCCCAUUUGUUUGUAAACUAUGAUAUAAACAAUACUAUGUGGGUGUUUCAUGACUGUAUGCCUACCUUUCCUGAGCUCUGGAUUCAGGGGGGUGUUGCAUUUGAUGCUAAUUACGACUCACUGCGUGGCCAUGGAUUUGGAUUUGAACCCAUUCCAAGCUGUCUUGCCUUAUAUCGCCUGGUUUGCCUUAUGAAUAUAAAUGCUCGGGUUUAUGUCAAUAUGGAGGACACAUCAAUCUGGGCACUUCACUUAAUCCACAACACCACUAGAGCAGUGCUGCAUCUCAAAGAUCUCAAUGGUUGGUUUGAUGUGACAGUCUCCUUAACAGAAGAUAUGCAAAAUCAGCUGAGGGAAGCCUCUGACAGAAACACAGAGUUAGAAACAGUGCAGUGGUGUGAGGUCUCUACACCUGUACCAGCUCCUGAUAACAUCAGUGAGUAUGUUGCCAGUGAUGAAGAGAGUGAUGAUGACCAGGAUGCUGAAGAAGUGGAAGAUUUCUACUGUGUGACACCAACACAUUCUGAGGAGGAGAGGAGCAGCGUCAGCUCGGCAAGUAGUGAGGUUGAUUCCGAUGACCUUGAAGAUCAGCUUUGGUUUUCAGGAAUGCAUUCACAGUUUAUGGGAGAGGAAGAAGACGAAGAAGCCAAUUUUUGGAAAAGGGACACUGGGAUGCAAGAUUGUGAGUUUGCUGAAAGUACAAGUACCUUUUGGCAGUCACUUGAUGUACCUGUCUACCAAACCUUUUCAAGCAGCUCUGAUGUAGAAAAUCAAGAGGUUGCUUGGAGAAUAGCCCUAACUACUGAAAACUGCGACAGUUUCCAGAAUGCAGGGCCUCUAGAGGGUGCAAAUGGGAUUGGCUAUCCCUCCUCUGACAGCAGCAAGAAUAGUCAACAGCCAAACAGCCAUCAUUCAGACAGUGAAGGAAGUGAAGUGCCCAGUAGUGAGUCAAUGGCUGCUAGCACCCUUAAACAAUUUAAACAUGAUGUGACAGUACUGCUGAACUUGUUAAUGGAUGAGAAAUUUGCUCAUCCAUAUGGAACGAUAGCUGGAGCUGUAGCAUAGUUAAAUUUGAUAAACCUGCACAUUCUUUUCAUGAUCACAUGUGCAAAUGCAAUAUUCCUCAGUUAAGAAUAAAAAGUGCAAAUGUACAUUGAAUUGGUUGGUUUUUAUGAAACUGGUGAAUAUUGCAGCUUUUUUCAUUUGUUUCCUGUCACUUUCAUACUUUCGUUUAUUGUUUUGUUUUUGUAUUUUUUUGUUUUAGUAUAUUAAGGUUUUGAUGCUUUUUUAAAAUGAUCCACAAGUGUACAUUUUGUAGACAGAUAUUAGGAGAGAAUAUCAAUGCUCAUAUGUAUUUUAGGAAUUAACUAGCAGUCACUUAAAAAAAAAAAUUUCGGGAAUAAUAAUUGUACAUUUGUCGAUUUUUACCCUAUUCUUAUGCAUGGUGUCAUGAUUCUUUCAAUUUUUGAAAAAUUAAAAACAGAUGGUUGAUAUAACUUUUUAAUAUGCAACAAGAGCGAGACUUAAGAGAAAACUUGAAACUCGCUACAGGGGCUUUAAACUUACUCUGUAGCUUGUGUAUAAAUGUCCAAUAUAUGUCGUACGUACCCAGUAUGGAUAGACGGUUUUUUUUUUUUUACAUAUGUGUUGUCACUACUUAUAAUCAUUUUGACUAUAUUCUGUUCAUGGUAUCAUUCUUUGAUGAUUAUUGCAAAUCUCCUUUCACUUCACCUUUUUUACUAUUUUUUUUUUUUCUUUUUUGCUAGGAGUUUGUUUUGUAAAAGCAACAGAAGUAACAACGUAAACAAUAACUUUGAAAAUACUUGCCUUGCAUAAUUAUUCAGCAUCUGGCAUAAUAUUUUUCAGGCAUGGUUGAAAUCAGUCAGUAAAUGUAACUAAACAAAUCUUUUGACCACAGAAUUUUCCUAUUAUGAGAUCCGGUUGGAAGUGUCGCACAGAAAAUCGUUAAGGUAAAUCAGUAGCCUGCGCGAGAGACGCGAGAGGACGCGCGAAGGGAACGCGCGAGAGGAGCGGGAAAUGCUUGCCCUAAUCCCGUCAAAUUUCCCCCCUCUCCUCACCCACGCAGGCUAUUGGAUGAACAAAAUUACGUCAUUUAAUUGUCUUGAAAUUGUUGUGAUUAGCUUCAACGGUAGAAUAAAAAGGCUUCUUAUCAUG